GGUUACUUAACAUUCAAGUGUGUAGUCUGUCUUGCGCUUUAAAGUAAUAGUGCCAAUUGUUGCAGAAAAAGAAACAUCCCUAAACAUUGAUCGUAACUCACCACAACAGCGCGAAAUGACUCAGUCGAUUGUCGUUCAAGUUGGUCAAUGUGGAAAUCAAAUUGGAUGCAGGUUUUGGGAUUUAGCAUUACGCGAGCAUGCCUCUGUCAAUAAAAAUGGGGUGUAUGAUGAAUCUGUUGGGAGCUUUUUCAGAAAUGUUGAUUCUCGUUAUGAAAACCCAUCAGAUAUACCAUUGGGACAAGGGCAAGGAAAGAUUAAAUCCCUGAAAGCAAGGGCCAUUUUGGUAGACAUGGAGGAGGGUGUCGUCAGUGAGAUGACUAAGGGCCCAUUGAGGGAGGUGUUUGAUUUUCAGCAGCUCAUCACAGAUGUCUCAGGCUCUGGGAACAACUGGGCAGUAGGACACAAAAUGUAUGGUACACAGUAUAAAGAAGAACUAACGGACAUCAUCCGACGAGCGGCUGAAUAUUGUGACUGUCUUCAGUGUUUCUUUGUCCUGCAUUCGAUGGGGGGAGGUACGGGGUCCGGAGUAGGGACUUUCAUCCUAAACCUUUUAGCUGAUGAGUAUCCUGAUGUGUACAGAUUUGUUACAGCUGUGUAUCCGUCAUCCGAGGACGACGUUGUGACGUCACCGUAUAACAGCGUUCUAGCCAUGCGCGAGUUGACAGAAAAGGCGGACUGUGUUUUACCAAUAGAGAAUCAGGCUCUUGUCGACAUCGUCAACAAAAUUAGCCAGUCUGUCCCCUCAGCCAAACUGGGCAAACGGGUGUACACCGCCAGCGGGAUCAAGGCCGGCAGUGCCAUAACAGAAGGAGAAGGCGGAGUGUCCAAACCGUCUGACGAGAGACCGUUCGACAGCAUGAACAACAUUGUAGCUAACCUGCUCCUCAACAUGACCAGCUCGGCAAGAUUUGAGGGAUCAUUGAAUGUAGAUCUGAAUGAGAUAACGAUGAACCUGGUUCCAUUUCCCAGACUCCAUUACCUGGUAUCCAGCCAGACGCCUUUGUUUUCUCUUUCUGAUGUUCAUCUACCUCCUAGAAGACUAGACCAAAUGUUCUCGGAUGCAUUUUCUAGAGACCACCAGCUGAUCAAGGCUGAUCCGAAGCACAGCCUUUAUCUGGCGUGCGCCCUAAUGGUCCGAGGGAAUGUGGAAAUCUCGGAUGUGCGGAGGAAUAUAGAAAGGUUGAAGCCAAAUCUAAAGUUUAUUCACUGGAAUAACGAAGGAUGGAAGACUGGUCUGUGUUCUGUGCCGCCCGUGGGUCAGAACUACUCCCUCCUGACCCUGGCCAACAACACCUGUGUGCACCACACAUUCGGUGAUCUCCGGGACCGCUUCAACCGGCUGUACAAAAGAAAGGCUCACGUGCAUCAUUACACGUCCAUAGAAGGUAUGGAGAUGGCAGAUUUCAGCAACAGUUUGGAGUCUCUAAACUCACUGGUGGACGAAUAUAAAGGACUAGAACAUCAAAUGAACAACCCUCCUCCUUCAGAACCUCGACUGGAGAUCAUCAAAUGAUGUGGGUAGGGACCACUACUGGGGAUUAUCGAGUCCGAUUAUCGGCUCAAGACGUCAGCAGUCUGCAGCUGUACAGCGGGAAUGGAGCUGUGUUUCCAGAGAAAUUUUUCCCGCGGGGAGAUAUGUAGACAGUAAAUGUAAGGUGUCUCCUAUAUGUAGCGUGCGCAUAUGUAGGCACUGAAGAACUUGAAUAUCGACGAGUUUGCGUGUUUCUAAGACAGAAACGUACAUGUACCUUUGACACUAAAAUGGAAGAUUUUCAUGACAUUACAAUAUACCCGGUAAUUGUAAAUUCUUUGAUAUGAAUUUUGAUUUAUAAAAGUACAUGGAUAUGAAAAU